AUGAGCAAAAUCAACAAUGAAGACGACAUCGAAAGAGUCCAAGACUGGUUGGACAAGUUUGGAAAAGACAAGGGAUGGGUGCAUAGCCUCAUCCCCGCGAUCAAAAUCGUCUCAACAGAUUCCACUCUCCCUCACCCCUCUGUAACCUUCUCCUUCACCGUCCAGGACGAACACACCAAUGGUAUGGGCAACCUUCACGGCGGCGCUGCUGCCACUCUUCUUGACUUCUUAACCUCCACGGCCCUCUCGCUUGUCAGUAAGCCCGGCUUCUGGCAGAUGAUGGGCGUCAGCCGCACCUUGAAUACUACGUAUAUGCGCCCUAUCCCGGCGGGCAUGGAGGUGCUUAUACACGGCGAGAUCCUGCAGGUGGGAAAGAGGCUGUGUGCUUUGAGAGGCACUGUUAGGAGAAAAAGCGAUGGGGAGCUGCUUUGCAUUUGUGAGCACAACAAGGCCAACGUUGACCCGGACCCCAAGUUAUAA